AUCUCUGAAUGCUAUUAUAUUUUAAAAAAUUAUUUUAAAAUGAAAUAUUCAUGCUUAUAAAGAAGUUAGGUAAGAUCACACUACUCUAAUCAUUUAAUUUAAAAUAACUUUAUGGAGAUAGAGACUAUUUGGAAGCAAACAACUAGAAAUAGAAAUGAAUGGUGUAGAAGAUUGUUUUAAAAGAGUCCUCUUUUUUCUCCGAACUAUUAAAAUGAAAAUAUAUUCUAUUAUCAGGUAUAAAAGUUGCAUAAUUGAUAACAUUUUACAAUUGCAUGUAUUUAUAUUUAAAGUUGAUAAAUUUGUUGUUGAGUACUAUGUUAUUUGGAUUUCUAACCAAUUUUAAUGGGUAUAAUGAUUCCUUUCUAGGGUGUGUAAAUGACUUCUUAGAACAUUUUUUUUUCUGUGAAGUAUUUUUGAUGGACUUCUUUGUGUAUGUGAACUUUUAACUUUAGUUUUAUGAGUCUGAGUUUUGUAAAAUUCAAAAUACAAAGGAUGGCCUACAUGUUUUUGAAAGUAACUUCAAAAAUAUAAAAUCUGAAGUUUGCAAUCUUGGCAUUAACACUCAAUAAUAAAUCCUUUCUAUAAGCAUAUAAAUAAAAUUAUUUUCUGGAUUAUUCCAUUAGAUCUUAUAGAACACCCAAAGUGCGCUAAUCACUGUACUACUGUCUUCUGAAUUUCAUUAACAAGCUUUAGUAGGUUUCUAUUUAAAGAUUCAUAGUUAUGAAGACAACAAAGAUGGCUAAUUUUUAGGUGGUUAACUGUCAAGUGUUCAAGAAAGGGCAUAACCUCAGAGGUCUAAAGUCCAAGGGGCUUUGGAACAGAAAUUUAGGUAGAGGGAGACAUAGCAAAACCCUGUUAUUGCAUAGUAAGUGAGGUCUAAGUAAUCCAUUUAUGUAAUCUUUGAAUUGAUUCCUGCUAGUCUGAUAAAGCAAUAUUUUUCAGAACUAUGUUAAUAGCGUAAAAGUAAAGAUAAUUCAGAUCACACAUUGAAUUGAAGAAGUCCCACGUGAUCUGGAGACAUUCACUUCCACUCACCCCAUCAACAGAAGAUAAAACUUGAGUUUAGCCAUGCUUGAGAAUAGAGCAAAAGACGGAAGUAAAUCAUCUAUUAUGUUGUGUCCUAACUGGUGAGAGAUAAUGUUGGUUUGCACUGGGAUGAUAGCAGUAAAGGUGGUGUAAAAUAAUCAAAUUAUUGGCACCAUCUGAAUUUUCUGAUUGGUGAAAUGCAGUAGUUGAGCAAGAUAAAAUAAUUAAUUAGAGGUGGCUCUCAAAUUUGUUCUGUUGUUGUUGUUUUCUAUUUUAUUUUGUUUCUGCCUAAACUAGCAGAAUGAUGUUUUCAUUUAAUGGGAUGGCAAAAACUAAAAGAGGAACAAGUUUAGGGUAAGUGAUGGGGGAUCGGGAGCUCAGCUUUGGUAUGACAAUUUCAUAAAGACUUUUAAAAGUACAAGUGGAGUUGAUGGAGAGGCAGCUGAGUAAAGAAUCUGGAAGUUACAGUAGAAUUCCAAGCCGAAGGUACAAAUGUGAGAGUUGUAGUCUAUGAUUUCACCAUCAUGAGCCUAUAUGAGGAUAAUUAGGACUUAAAUUUAAAUAGAAAUUAUAAAAGAACCCAGGAUUGCUCCCUGGAUGCAUCUGAUGGCUCAUGUGUAGGAACAGUGGAAGAAUCCAGUAAGAACAUUUAGUGAGAGGGGAGAACCAUAAAAGAGAAUGAUGCCUUAGAGUGAAGUGUCAAAAGAGAUUAAAGAAGAGAGAAACAUUUGGCUGAUACAUCAAAUAUGUUGAAGCCUGAGAACUGACCAUUGCUUUUUACCACAUUUGUGUUAUUAACAAGAGCAAUUUCAUUGAAGGACUAGGCACAAAACCCAGUGGGAUUAUGUUCACAAGAGAAUGGAAAUAAAGGAUUUGAAGCAAAAUAUAAAUAAUUAUUUUGGGAAUUUAUGAGGUUACAAAAUUAAAAAUAUAGUAGUUGGAGGAGCAAGUGGCAUCUGUGGCAGUUUUUUUUUUUUUUUUUAAUUUUGUUCCUGUAAGAAGGGAGAACAUUAGCAUAUUUAAAAUGCGGAUGUGAGUGAUUUCUGUAGAAGGAGAAAUACUGAUGACUUAGAGAAAGGGAAACAUUACUGUUAAAGUGUCUUUGAGCAGGUAGGAAGGGAGGCACCUAGGACAUUUUAGAUGGAUCACAGACUGCUCAGCCCUCAUGAGAGGACAUAUACCACAGUAUGUGGAUGGAUAUACAAUGAAUGAAUGAAAGACUAAAAUCUUGCAUGAAAAGCCCCCAAACCUGGUUCUUUAAAGUCAAUACGUAGAUUUAAAUCAGAAGGCAAAUUAUGGAGGUAAAACUUGUGAAAAAUCAUUAGAGCAGUUGAGAAUAACUAGUAGAAAAAGAAACUGAAGGGUGGAAUUAAAUAACAGUCCUUUCUCCCUGUUUCUCCAAAAACCAGUAUAGUUAAUAGUUGCCCAGUGGAGAAGAGCUAGAGCUUUGAGCCUAGGACAAGAUCUAGUCAAAAAUAGCAGGCUAGAAAAGUAAACCAAGGUGGAAGCCUGUUCCAUGCCUACACCGCGGAAGCACAGAAGAAUUACCCGAUCAGAACACACUCAGACCUCACCUCAAAGGUAACCACAGGUAGAGACUCAGAUGGCAGCAGGAACACUGACCAGGUGCACAUACGGGAGGCAGUCAUUUGUGAGGCAUGCCCCAAGCCUGGCGAGGUCAAUCAUAUCCCAAACACUAUUUUUUACUGUCCUCACAGUCAGCACAUGCGCCGGGAUUUGAAAAAUGUAGUGUGUCUUACUAUCCAGGACUUUCCUUUCUUUCCUAUUCCCCCUCUCCAACAUAUUUUUCUGGAAUUUUCAUUUAAAAUAUAAGUAUCUUUGGAAGGGACAUAAUACCAGUAAAGUUUUCUGGUUGUUGAGAUUUCUCUGGUGUCUUUCUUUUCCAAAAUCAGGACCCAUGUACACUGUGAGGACAGGGGUAGUAUCUGGAUAGGUAAGGGAGGAAGUUGGAGAGAGAAAAGUGGAACAGGCCAAACAAAUGAUGAUAGGACAGGAGGAGGAAGCUAAAGUCUUAAGCCUCCUCAUGAUAGAUGGCUGUGGAAUCUCAAGUGUUCUAGCCUCAGCACUCAUGGUCAUGUCCAGAUUCAAUUUUAUUUGAUUCAUAUGGUGACUGGGUGUCUUGGAGUUCUGAUAAUUGAAAAAUAAUAACAGUCUUUUAUUCUCUCCUCAAACUACAGUUUUGGAAUUGCUGCCACUUUCUUAAUAAAAAAAUAUUUUAAAUAUUUUGAGAAAGUCCAUGGCAAGAUCCUAGCCAUACUGGCAUUUUCAAAUUCCAGGGUGAUGAAAGAUACAGAAGACCAACAUCUAAAUCUAACACAUAUUUUAAUAUUUUUAAUAUGCAAUUUACGUUGAGUAGAGAGAAUUCAAUUUGGCAUUAACAAACAUAGUCUAAGUAAUUACAAUUAUAUGACAUAUCUGCUGGACGCCUUUUAAAAAUAUACUAUGAUUUAGCGUAUAGAAUAUACAUGCUGAAAAAUCUAAAGAUGAGGCACGUUUGACCUUGAAAAGGCAUUGAUGAUAAUUCUCUGUGAAAUAUGCCAGUUGCAAUUUCAGAAACGUGCAGACUGCCAAGGAUUGCUUAAAAAAUGGAAAUAGGAUUUCAUAUGAUUGACCUUCUGGAUCACAUAUGUGCUGAAAUGCCUUUUGUGCUGAAGCUGGAAAGCUUAAAACACUGAGCUCUAAGAAAAAGAAUAUCCUCAUCACUUUCUCAGUGUUCUAAGUCACUUAGGCUUUCUGAGCCCAAUUCCUUAUUUUUAAACUAACUUGAGCACAUUGUCACUAUUAACUGUCUUGUACCUUCACUUCCAUUUCUCAAAUGGGAUUUUACUCAAAAGUCUGGCUGGGUGAAAAAUAUCAAAUAAAUAAAAAGUGAUGUUGUUAGUGUUUUUUGUAACAGCUUCAAAUAACAUUUGGUGAGAGAGAAAAAAAGACUUAAAGGAAACAACUUAAUGGAGAAUGAAAAAAUAUUUUAGUAGCUCAUCUUUCUGAUAUUUUAAAUCCUAAUGGUUUUGUGCAGGCACUGUUAAAUGAGAUUUACUUUUUUAUGAAAAACCUAUAAAAAAGCAAACACACAAAACCUAUAGCUUCACAGAAAUGAGUUGAAAAACCUGUAAGAAAAUAAACAUACAAAACCUACAGCUUCACACAAAUGAGUUCCCUUGAGCUGGAUUGCAAAAUCCCAGUUUAUCAUGUGAGUGAGUGAAAAGGUAAGGAACAGGAACGAUAGUCAUGUAUUGAACCAUUGACAAGCUCAGGAACCAGUCAAUGAGAAGAAGGCAAGUGACCAAUGAGAACAGAGUCCAGGCACAAAUAUCCCUUAAGGCAGGAUCUGGGUAUACCUGUGAACAUAAGGCUCUCCUUUGAGGUUGACUAUUUACAGGCCACCAAGUUUUGGCCAUCAAGUGAUGAUAUUCACUGAGAAGGACAGGCAAUUCAAAGAUCAUCUGAUACAUCAAAUGCACAAAAACUCCCUUCAAGCAAAGUUUUCUUUCUGAAUUCUGGAACUAGUCCCUGCACUGUCUCAUUUUGCUAUUAGCUAUAGUAUUUUAAAAACAAUAUGGGAAAAAUCCUUUAAAUUGAAAGCAACAAGAAAAUCUAUUCCUAGUACAUGUUUUUCGAGCAUAGAAAAGGGUAGGAUUUUUUUUUUUCAAAUGCUACGUUAGUUAAGUUUUCCUAAACAUUGUGAAUCUGGAAGACAGCUCUAGACUUCAGCAAAGUGGUUCUGACACAAAGGACUACUUAGGCUGAUUAGGAAUGUCUCUGUUCCCUGUGGAUGCCCUCAAGGGAUCUAUAUGAGGUUAUAUUUCCUCUUUAAAAGUGGCAGUCAGAAAUGGAAUUAGAUUACUUACAGCUCCUUUAAAAACUACAUGCAAUUGCAUAUUAGUAUAUAUAUACUUGAAAGCUAUCUGUAUUUGAAAGAUUCAGUAUUUAUGUUAUGCAAAAAGAACCAAAGAACCAAAAAAAAAAAAAGAGAAUCAAAGAACCACUGAAGUCCAUCCUUUGGAACAUGAAGAAAAAUAAAGCAAAAAUAAAAGUAGAGAAAAUACUUGUUUUUCCUUUACUAACAUAUUGCUACUCAAAAAGCAAAUGAUUAUAUCCAAGUUUUGAAUUGGUUAAUAUUUUGAAUGACUGCUUUACCUAAAGACAUAAUUACACAUAGAGCUUUUAUUACAGAAAUGUUAACAGUGGCAUAAAUCCUCUUUAGAUAGUAAUGCCUUCUGGAUCAUACCCAUGAUUUGUGGCAGUAGACUUUAUGGAAAUAGCAUCUAUUGAAGUAUAUUUUUGUGAAUGAUAUAUCCACUCAGUAUAGCAUGAAUAGCUAUUUUUCUCAGGGUUAGCUAAUAUUAUUAGGUUUGUUUUAAUUGGAGGCAUGUAGAUAAACAAAAUAUCCUAUUUGUACAUGAAAAGGAGUGUGUAAGCUCCAUUACACAGGUGAAGUGAACAUGGUUAAACAAAGGUUUGGAAACCCACUGUCAGCUUUAAGAAAUACUCUACCAGCUUGCCUUAGAUUAUUUAGGAAUACUCUACAGGUAGCACAGAAAUACUCUACAACUAGCCUAGGCUUUCAGUAACAUAUGAAAACAAAGCAAAACAAAACCAAAAAGCCCUCAGCCAUCCUCCUAUCCAGAAUUAAACUGAAAUCUGCAGCAUGUCAGGGUCUUGCUGGAAUGAAUCAGUUGAUCUGAUCUGAUGUGAAUUUCUGACCUAAUUUUGCUGUAGGACUUAGUGCUCAGGCAGAGAAAACAAGGUUAAUGUGUUGAUAAGGGGUGAGAUUAAACAGCAGCCAGUAUCCUAACAACCCUCUCUAAUUUCAGCUUCCUCUUAUGUUUGUGAUUAAUUCUAAUCACUUUUCUAUUAAUCAUUUCUGGGGACCACAAGCUGCUUUGCUUGUUUUUAUGUUAAAAUCAUGCAUCCAGAUUUUUUUCUUCAAAGCUAAACAAGAUAUUCAGAUAUGGGAGUAAUUCUAGUUAAAAAAUAAAAUACACAGGCCAGGUUUUUAUUCCUCAAACCAUACAAUUAGACCAAAAUACGUAUUUAUUGAGCCAGAAGUUCAAGCUACAAGGCUGAUUCUAAAUGUAUUAACUUAUGAUAGAUGUUCCAUCUAUUUUUUCCAUUGCUCAUGGAGAAAGUUAAUCUAAGGAGUCCCUUUAUACAAGUCAAAAUGGCGUCUGUCUUGCUAGCCUAGUAUUUUCAGUUAGAGCCUUCAAGGGUUCCAAGAUGCUUAAUACAAACUUGAGAAUUUAUAAAUUUACAAUUUACUUAUGUUUGUAACAUAGAUGAUCCUGGGUUUUUCAUCUAGUCACCUGCCAGGACAGAUUAGAAGCAACAUAAAAAAAAGGUCUUUUAAAGUCUUCUGUUAGGGUGAGGCUCCUCUAGUCUUCUCAUAUACCUUUCAAGAGCUAUUUAUACUUUCGUUUGUUUUGACUUUAAUUAUAUCCUAGACCUAGCACUGAUUUUACAUUUUAAGAAGCUCAGUAUCUGUUCUAUAUCUGAAAUAAAUAGACAGAUGUUGGCAAGAGGGGGGGCUUUUAAGAGCAGAGCAGAGCCCCACGUGAUCUACUCAGUCAGCGUGAGAAUUAAGCUCUUCUGACAGAGGAAAUUGCACUGAAGAGUGGACCUUCCAAACAUCCAACACCAUGGCAAAUUGAAUGAUUAAACAGAAGCCUGUUGGAAAAUUUAAGCAUAGGUGGAGAAGUAGGGCGAGGCCACGAAGGGAGUUACGUGGGCAAACAUUUCCGCAUGGGAUUCAUGACGAUGCCUGCUCCUCAGGACAGACUUCCCCAUCCUUGCUCCAGUGGCUUUUCUGUGAGAUCACAGUCCCUGCACUCCGUUGGGGGCACAGAUGAUGACAGCAGCUGUGGCUCACGGAGACAACCACCCCCCAAGCCCAAGCGGGACCCCAGCACCAAGCUGAGCACCUCAUCAGAGACGGUCAGCAGCACUGCAGCCAGUAAGAGUGGGAAACCCCCUGAGAGGACUGAAGUGUCGGCCAAACCAAGACCCCACAGUGAUGAAUAUUCCAAGAAGAUUCCACCUCCCAAACCGAAGCGGAAUCCGAACACUCAACUGAGCACAUCUUUCGAUGAAACGUACAUCAAAAAGCACGGGGGGCCCCGGAGGACGUCGCUGCCCCGGGACUCCUCCCUGUCCCAGAUGGGCAGCCCCGCGGGAGACCCCGAGGAAGAGGAGCCCGUGUACAUCGAGAUGGUGGGGAACAUUCUCAGAGACUUCAGGAAGGAGGACGACGACCAGAGCGAGGCCGUCUACGAGGAAAUGAAGUACCCCAUCUUUGACGACUUGGGCCAGGACGCCAAAUGUGAUUUCGACCAUCACAGCUGUUCUUCGCAGUGUGCUACUCCCACGGUGCCUGACUUGGACUUCGCCAAGGCCUCAGUGCCAUGCCCCCCCAAGGGGCUGCUUUGCGGCAUCCCCCCGCCCUUCCCCAACCUGCUUUCUCACAGACCCCCGCUGCUGGUGUUCCCUCCCGCCCCGGUGCAUUGCUCCCCCAACUCCGACGAGUCCCCGCUCACCCCGCUGGAGGUCACCAAGCUUCCCGUGCUGGAAAACGUGUCUUACAUGAAACAGCCAGCGGGGGCGUCGCCCUCCGCACUGCCGCCCCACGUCCCCAGCCAUGCAAAACUGGAGAAGGAGCAGGCCGCGGCCCUGGGACCUGCCUCUGCCACCCCUGCGCUCUCCUCGUCCCCGCCGCCCCCCUCCACGCUGUACCGAACCCAGUCCCCCCACGGCUACCCUAAAAGCCACUCCACGUCUCCCUCCCCGGUCAGCAUGGGGAGGUCCCUGACUCCCCUGAGCCUCAAGAGGCCUCCCCCCUACGACGCUGUGCAUUCGGGCAGCCUCUCCAGGAGCUCUUCUUCAGUGCCUCACUCGACCCCCAGACCCGUGUCGCAAGAUGGGGCCAAGAUGGUCAACGCGGCGGUAAACACCUACGGGGCGGCCCCGGGUGGCUCCCGGUCCCGGACACCCACGAGCCCCCUGGAGGAGCUGACCAGCCUCUUCUCCUCCGGCCGCAGCCUGCUGCGCAAGUCAUCCAGUGGCCGGCGCUCCAAAGAGCCUGCAGAGAAAUCAACAGAGGAACUGAAAGUCCGAAGCCACAGCACAGAGCCAUUACCAAAGUUGGACAACAAGGAAAGAGGCCACUAUGGGGCGUCUUCCUCCAGAGAGCCUGUCAAAGCUCAGGAAUGGGAUGGAACACCAGGGCCACCUGUGGUCACCAGUAGAAUGGGAAGAUGCUCUGUGAGCCCCACCUUGUUGGCAGGAAACCACAGUUCAGAGCCUAAAGUAAGCUGCAAAUUAGGCCGGUCUGCGUCGACAUCAGGUGUGCCUCCUCCGUCAGUCACUCCUCUCAGGCAAACUGCUGACCUGCAACAGAGCCAGGUGGCAUGCAUGCAGUGGUUUCAUGGAGACCAUACAAUGCUUGAGAUGAUUGAGAAAAAGCGUUGCUUGUGCAAGGAAAUAAAGGCUAGACAGAAAACGGAAAAGGGCCUUUGCAAACAGGAUAGCAUGCCUAUCUUGCCCAGCUGGAAGAAGAAUGCAGGUGCCAAGAAGUACAGCCCUCCGCCCUAUUCUAAACAGCAAACGGUAUUCUGGGAUACUGCCAUAUGAGUGUGCGCAGGAUGGUGUGAGCUCCACAUUUCUUAAUAUGAAGAGGGAGGUCGACUUGGACAUAUGAUAAUGAACUGUUAUAUGUCUUUUCUGUGGGAAUGGAAUGCCACGGGAAGCUGUGCCUAUUCGUGGCAAGUUCAAGAUAAAAUGCAUAUGUCCUUGCAAUGAAGGCACACUUAUUUAUCCCGGAUUAUUUUGAAUCCAGAAGAUAUUAAAAUGUAAAUAUUUUACUAGUUUAUGGGUGACACCUGAAAUAAUACACACUAUGCGUAUAUAAAUUACAGAAAUAUCAAGAGUUUACUAUAUGAUAUAAUUUCAGUAUUAACUGGUUUGUUAUCUCUUUUAUAUGUAAUCCCUUGAUGCCUUUUAUUAUUAAGUUUUGCAUUUAAAAUGUUUGUUUUCCUUGCCCACAUUUGGUUUCUGUAUAAGAUCUCACAACUACAAAUCAUGUUCAACCACAUAUUAUAUGAUCUGGUGCUAGUAACGUAGAAGUUGAAUAUCAUAUUUGUUAAAAGCAUCUGUGCUUUUUAAGUUUCAAGGGUUUGACAGGAAAUGAAUGCAAAUGUGAUGCUUAAUUUGGACAUCCAAGUUACGUUGACAACAAUAUUUUUGCUACAUUGGCUUUAUAAGAAUUUCUUUUUAGUAACUUCUGGCAGUGGUUAGAAUAACCAUUAGUCUGACAGUAACAACUAAGCAAUGGGUAGUCAGACUCCAGAGAAAGUUACUAGGAUAUAUUGGGCAUCCCAGCUGAAAACAUUUCCUUGGGAAAUGACUUUAGGGGCAUGUGGCCUUGCAUCGUUGAUCUGAUUGGAGGAGACCAGGGUUCACUGUGACAAUGGAAGGAACAAGGAAUUAAUAGCUCAAGAGCAUAACUGCUUUCAAGAAAGUGGGACCAGUGGCAUUGUAGCCACCAUAAUCACUAUAUUUAAGUAACUUUUCAUGUGUAUGCUUGUUUCCCCAAGAAAACGAAAAAAUUAACAUUCAACUAGACCAGUUUACAUAUUUUAAUACAUUAAAUGGCAAUCUUUCUAAACAUUUAGAUCCAUUAAUCAAAAAUGUAUUUCUUAUUAUUUUUUUCAAACUGGUUAUCACCACAUUUCCGGGUCGUAAUCUUCUGUAUGUGAUCAUCACACCCAUUCUUAUUGAUUAUGACACCAUGACCAAAGAUUAAUGACCACUUUUUAUUUUAGUUUGUUUAAAGAAAGAAACAGGAAAGGCAGGGGAUGAGGGAUGGGGUAGAUUCAAUUUUGUGGUGGUGAAAUUUAAGUUAAAAAAAAUCAUAUAUAUCUUUUAAGAAGAACUUGUUAGUUGAAUAUAAAUAUUGUCACGAAUGAAUAAAAAAGAAACUAUCACAUAUAUUUUGUAUAUUUAAAUUACUAUUUAUGCCUCCUAAAAUUGAUAGUAUGUGGUUCUUUGUUAACAAUCAAUUUAGUAUUAUAUUUCUGAGAGAAAAGGUGUGUUUUUGAAGUUAUUGUCAUAGCAGUUUUUCUUGUAAGGGUAUUGACAGCAAUAGUUCAGUGCUGCUCAAUAAAACCAAAUAUAACAGGAGUUAGAGAAUUUUUGUAAUCUAUAUUGCUACAAAUCUAGUAAUGCUUUAUCAGUAACAGUUUCUUUCAAAAGUCUUUUCAAUGUUAUAACAUGAUUUUCUAAUAUUUUAUAAUUAAUGUGUAUUUUGAUGUCCAAUUUGAAUUCUGAAAGAAUGAGGAAAAAGGUAAGUGGAAGCAGUGUAUGGUUGGUGUGUGUGUGUGUGAGAGUGUGUGUGUGCAUGAAUGAAUAGUGGGAGAACUGUAUACAUAAAAUGCUUACUGAAGUUGUAGGUUCUGCUUAUAUAAUUGAGGUGGUAGAAAACCAGAAUCACAAAUGCAGGAGGUCACAAAGAGAUCUUAAGUAGCUUAAAUAAAUCCUGCCAGCAUGUUUCACCAGCUACAGAUUAUGUUUCAAACCCAAGAAUCUAUGGAACACAAAUCUAAGGGUGAUGAAAAUGUGUUUAGAUAAAAUCAGAAUGGAAAUAAAAUGUGUUUAUGACCCAAGUUGUUAUCCUGAUUUAAGUUUUUAUGACCACAUAUACUCAAGCCUAUCAGUCAGACACAAGAUAUCAAUUCUCAGCAUCUUUAGGAAACAUAUAUUCAGGAUCAGUAUGGUAAUGAUCAACCCUCCCUUAAAAUUUACAUUUAGGGAACAUCUUUCUGUGGGGAGAUGCAAGAGUGUUUUCAGAUGCCUAUCUUUCCAAUAUCACUCUGAUUUAGGCAGAAGAUUUAUUUAAUGUUGGCCAUUUGUCAAGAAGGAAACAGAAGUACUAAAACUAUCUGUGUUGGAUUAAACCAUUCCUAUUUGUUCUAUCAAACUCAUGCUAUGGCCAGGUUUUGUACACUCCUUUUUCAAAUGCGUUAUUUUCUGAGGAGGUAACUUGUUGGAAAAUUUUACUUUAGGCAACCAUUUAAAUUUAUUUCUAUAAAUGCCUCCUUAAUUGGAAAGUGACUGAAAGGUCUGGAAAAGUGGCUUAACUGAGAUUUGACUCAAGAACUGUUAUUCUGUGCCUAUACAGUUGUCCAUUGUGGCAAUAAUCAUUCCAUAAUCAAUUUCCUCUUUGUGUAGUGUUUCUCUAAAUGGAGAAAAGGAGGUUGUUAGUAUGUAGAAACAAAUAAGCUGACUCUCUGGCAGUAAUCAACCAGGAUACUUCAAUACAUUAAUUUGGUCAGGAGAUAAUGUACAGAUAGCCAGAACACUAUGCCAUAAUAAAGCUCAUAUUUCUAGCAGUGCCAAAGAACAAAUCAUAUCAUGGCAUGGUUGUCAGGUUGAACGAGCUCAUACUUAUGAAAAAUGGUCUUUUCACAGCAAAUUUCUUAGAAACAGAAUUUUUAUUGGAUGUCACAAGAUGCUUUUAUAUGUGAAACACUCCUUAGCAGAGAAGAUAUAAAUUUCUUUAGAACUGAUGGAAAUAAAAAAUAAGGAUCUGCAUUUUUUCCAAUCACAGAAACCAGCAUCCUCUGAGGUAUAAGAGUGGUCUUUUAUAUAAACACUACCCACAUCUUGCCCCUGUUUGUGCUAAUGAAGCAAGCUUGGAGUCAAAUGUGAUGGAUUUGUGUAAAUGAAGAUUAAUACCCACCAAUGUAAAAUAAUUAGGAAAGUAAAACAUCUGGAGAUUAAAAUUUGUAGUUUUAAAAUAUUAUAUAUUCAAAUACACGUCAAUUGUCUGGAGACAACUGGAUACAACUUUACUUUCCAAAAUAGUGACAAAAUUGUCUUUGAAUGCUUCUAGAGAAUAAAAGAGUGUUUUUAUCACUACAUUUUGGUGUAGGAUCUUGCCUAUCCAUGGAAUUUAUUUUGAUUUCUUUUAGCAAAUUUAGUGACCAAGUCAAUAAAAUGAAAUAAAGCUAUUGGGUUAUCAUUUCAACUAAUUAAAUAAGACACCAACACAAUGCACAUACAAAGGGAAUUUUAAUAUUACCUUCAUGUUAAGACAAGUCAGUUUCCUAAAGUAGAAGAGAGCUUGUAAAAUAACUACACUCACAUGUGAAAUUAAGAAACAAUGAUUCCUAUGAUUUAAGCAGUAAGUAAUCCAAGAUGAGAGGUAAUUCACACUUACAAAGAACUGGGAGUAGAAUAGAUAGUAAUUCACAAUUUGUUGUGUCCCAAACUUAAGUGGAAAUAAAAGAAAAACAGUACCUAUAGCAUUUAACAUUAUGUCACUACAUCUUCCAUGUGCAAAAUAGACAGCUAAUUGUAGAAUGCGGAGAAUUUGUUAUUAAUCUAUUAUUUAUUUAGCAAUUCAUUAUUGAGCAACUUAUGUAUCAGGCAUUAAAAAUAUUCUAAAGCAAUUCAUGUUACACAUUGAAAAAAAUGUCGUUCCACCCUUCAAGGAGCUUAAUUAUGCAAUCAUCAAUAUUUUCAAAAUAAAGCCAAUUGUUUUUAAGAAGAUAUACAAUUGUGUUUACAUAUGGCAUUCUCCUUUUUUUUUCAGAUCAAGUGUAUAGUCAAGCUAAAAUACUAAACAUACUAAACUGAAUGUCCAAGUAUAGAAUACGUUUAUGUGUAAGCCUCGAUGUCUGCAUAUAUAAUAUGUAUUGCUGUCUAUGUAAAUCAUUAAAACGAUAACACAUUUUGCCAUGUUGGACUUGAACAUUAUGACUUGGGGUUUGGAUGAUUUAAAACUCUUUGAUAUUUGGGUCAAUUACAUUGCAAAAUGUGUGUAAUAUGAAAAAAAUAAUGUCUGAUUACAUUUCCCUUUAAAUAUUAUGAAGUUUCAAAUUUAAGGGGAAUUUUUUUCAAAGAAAUGCUGUUGGAUUUAUCUCAACUAUACAUAUGUGAAAAUUCUUUGCAAGUGUUCAAUUGUUCCCAAAUAUAACUGGGUUUGCCCACCCUAAAAGCAUCUACAUUUACACAUGUAUUCACCCACGUACAGUAUACAUACUGUAUAUAAUAUAUAUGAAAAUGUUUAGUAUGCACUUCUUUUGAUUGGAACUCCUUAAGUUAACAUUUAUAGUGUAGCAACUUGUGUAAAGUGCACUGUGAUUAUAAAAAACAAAGCACAGUAAAGUCACAGGUCUUGUUAUCUUGCACUAAAAAUGUGUUUACGUAUUUAGCAAUUGUAUGUUUACUUUCUUGCUCUUUCAGAAAACUGGAACAAAUAGCUAUGAGAAGAUGAUAUAAAAUAACAUGUUUUUUAGUGGAUAAUGGCACUACAUUUUUAAAAGACAGGGUUUUUAAAGAAAACCAUUUAACAUCCAUUCCAAUAUAACAUGUUUACCAUAUCUAAAAAUCUGAAUGUCAUAUUGCAUUUUUCAUAAUUCAUUAGAAAUGUCAGGUAUGUGCCUGAAAAAUUGUGCAAAUAAGCAUUAGAUAACAGAUUUCUCUACUCAUGUGUUAUUAGCCAUUUCUAUAUAUGUAAUAAUAUAAACACUGAUGUUUUAAUGUCUCUUAAUUUUUGUACUUGAUUUUUUUAAGUAACAUGUAAUUAUAAAUGUACUUUGAUACUACUGAAGUAACCAGAUGUUGUUUGAAAAUAAAUUGUUUUCUUUAGUGCAUUGACAAUAUUUUACAAUACUUUUUGUGCUUAUUUAUUUGUGCUCCCGUGUAAUUAUAAUAAAAGCAAUAGUUUAAAUUA